CUAAAAGAAGAAAUCAAGAGUAAUAGGCAUAGUGAGGUGGAGAAAGCUUGCCUUUAUACAAUGCUAUCCUAUUUUUGUCUUGUAGAGCAUGGUUACAAAAAAUUUGAUGCAAGCAUUGUUGUAGCAGAAAUAGCAAGAAAGG